AUGGAGCAGCAAGAAAUGGCCAAUGAAGCUGAACUGAACCAGAACGUCUCCAACGCUACGGGAUGGGUUGCCUCGAAGGACAUGUAUAGGCCUGCUCCUGUGGAUAUUCCCCGAAAUACGAGGCAAUGUUUCGUCAUGAUAAUUUAUGACACAAAGGAAAGUACCUUUGGCAAAUUUCGCAACACAAUGGUCCUGAAUAUUCCGGUUUUCCAUGCCUACGGUAACGGCGAAUUUUUCGGAAUGUCAAAAGUAAGUGGAAUUUGCAUUUUUGCCACUUUAUGCUUGCUGAGGUAG